AAAAAAAGUAAACUGGAUGUUUGUCUAGUCAUGGAUUCGGUGGCACUUUGGACCUGCGCUUGACUUCACACAACACAUCCGCCGCCGCCGCCGCCGCGAGCGUGAGAUGACGACGGCCAGCCUCCGCCGCCGCCUCCCCCUCCCCCUCUCGCAGGCGGCGCCGCCGCUGGAAGACGACGACCUGCUCGCCGAGAUCCUCCUCCGCCUGUCCCCGCUGCCCUCCUCCCUCCCGCGCGCGUCCGCCGUCUGCGCGCGCUGGCGCGGCCUCCUCUCCGACCCCGCCUUCCACCGCCGCUUCCGCACCCACCACCGCCGCCGCAGCAGCCCACCCCUCAUCGGCUUCAUCGAACUCAUCAACUUCUUCGAAGGCAUCACCUUUCACCCGGCUCUCGACGGCCCCGACCGCCUCCCCCGCGGCCGCUUCAACCUCAAGAUCGACGGACUCGGGAGGCGCAUCAGGAUCCUCGGCUGCCGCCACGGCCUCGGCCUCAUCUUCGUCCAGUUUCCGUGCCAGCUCCUCGUGUGGGACCCCGUCGCCGGCGACCUGCACCGCCUCGACGUUCCCCCCGAGUUCAAGCUCCACUACGACCCGCUGGACAACCCCAAGGCUACGAUUUUCACCCAAGGC